CGGCCUUAAACCACUUUUUGAAAGUUCGAACCCUAUGCAGGUUUAUUAAUGAAUUCACCCAAGGGACCAAUAUUUUUAGAUGACUUUCCGUAAAAUGGUCCCAUGUUUCAUUCGUUCUUAUCAAGAUGCCAUACAUGAACUUAAUAAGUCUAUUAAGCUGUCGAAUUACUUAACACCGUCAAAUCCAAGGCUUUUGAAAGAACAAAGGUAUGGGUUGUCCGCUGUUUAUUGCUCUGCUGUUGGAGUUGAAGAUCAGCAACUACGUGACUUACAUGUUAUACAUGUUACAGGGUCUAAAGGCAAAGGUUCAGUUUGUUCAAUGAUUGAAAACGUCUUACAGAAAUCCGGAUUUCGCACUGGGUUUUUAAGCUCUCCUCACCUCAUAAACGUUGAGGAAAGAAUACGGAUAAACGGACGGCCCAUAUCCCGUGAUCACUUUGCUAGUUUAUUUUGGGAUGUGCAUGGAACACUUCUUGAGUUUACAAAAACCUCAAUUAAUAUACCUAUGCCAUCAUUUCUUCAUUACAUUUUUGUGAUGGCUUGUAAAACAUUUGUUGAUGAGAAAGUAGAUGUCGGGAUUUUCGAAGUUGGUAUUGGUGGACGUUAUGAUCAUACAAAUAUUUUCAAAGAUCCUUACGUAACUGUUGUCACAAGUUUGGCACUGGAGCAUACAAAUAUUUUAGGCAAUACCAUUGCUGAAAUAGCUUGGGCUAAAGCAGGGAUUUUUAAGACUGGUUCUAUAGCAUUAGUCAGUCAUGGGCAAUCAGAUGAAGCAAUGCAUAAAUUUGUUGAAGAAGCUGAACUUGUUAAAUGUCCAUUGUAUGUUGCACCUACGUUAGAUUCACUAUUGACUACAGAGAAUAUGACUGAGCCAUUUAAAGAUAUUUUUGACAAUAUGAAUACCAUACCUAAUAGUCAAUUAUUAAAUCUUGCUUUAAGUUUAACUACAAUAAAUUAUUGGUUUGCUAAAUUACAUGGAACUACUAAUAAUGAUAACGUUAUAAAUAUUGGUUUACAGCCGACAUCUGAAUGGAAACCGAGUUCAACUGUUUUAUUUAAUGCGUUAUCCGCCCGAUGGCCUGGUCGAUGGCAAAUUGUAAUUCGAAAAAAUAUAACUUAUUAUCUGGAUGGUGCACAUACUGUAGAAAGUUUACAAUCUGCAAUAAAAUGGUUUCAGAAUGAGAGCUUUGCUUCGAAUAAUAACAGACGUCCUAUACGAAUUAUUAUUUUCACUGUAAUUGGUCCACGAGAUCCUGAGCCAUUUUUAAAAUGUUUACAAUCUUCCUCAUUCGCAUUCGAUUUGGUUGUUUUUGCCAAUCCUCACGAUGGUCAAUUUGAAAUUCUUCCCAGUAAAGAGUCGCAUGAUGAAUUAUGCUUCAAUAUAUGGCGUCAACUCGAAUCGGAAUCGAACACCGGUAGUAAUUCUACAUCACAUUCAAUUGCUUCAAAGCAUGUCAAAUCUUUCUCUGCUUUUAUAAAGUGGAUGCAAAACUUGCAGCGUUUUUCUCUUCAGGCUUUGAAAUAUUUUCCGUGUGAAUAUAGUAAUUAUGAUGAAGCCGAUAAUACAACUUGCUGUGAUGUUUUUGUCACUGGCAGUCUAUAUAUGGUUGGUCGGAUAUUAAAGGUACACUUUUUGUUUACCGUUUUAAAAACAUACCAUGUAUUUGUAACGCAAUCAACGACAGACAUGUAUACCUUCUAAACUGUUAUGACCUCAAUCUGUCCACUGGUUAUGUUGUUAAAUGUUUAGGAAAAUCUGCUCUGGGACUAGUAAACGUCCUUGUGUAUGCUAGGCUACCUAGUGUAGCCUUGAGACUGAAUGCAUGAAUUCGGUUGUGAAUAAUUUGGUUUCGCGAGUAGGAACUUUCCUAUUAGCUGACUAAUAAUCUACUUUACAGACACUGGUCAGUUGGUUGAAUAGGAGAUGACUGUAGUAGAUAACCUUCAUAUUAAAAUUAGAUGAUCACGUUUACUCAAACGGUACAUGCCUAAUAACAUAGACCUCUAGACCUCGACACAAUAAAUUGGAAAUAUAAUUUGUCUAAAAAAAUAAGGCAAUUAAAGUAAAAAUCAGGAUACCAACCUCGAUUUAUUUACAAUAUUUUGGGAAUAAUGUAUGACAGUGACGGUCUAUAGAUCAGCUGAAAAUUUAAGGUUACAGGAAUAGCAGAAACGCAUAACUCAAUUGUUUGUAAUUACACAUAGAAAACUGUGAGUUCUUAUGGCUUGAAGAAUAGUUUUCCUAGUUUUUCUCUAUCGUUUAUUUUCCUCAUUAUAUUUCUAGUUGUGUGGAUAUAUAGUCUCACUGUAGACUGAUUAUUUCACUAAUACUUUCUAAAUUUGUGGGAUGAAAAAUGACCCUUGGCUUUUAAAAAGGUUUGCUAAAGCUCAGUGAUGAUCUUCAAUCUGCCUUGUAGUUUUAUUAUUUCCAAAUAUUAUUCACAUUAAGAGCAGCGCUUAAAUAAAGUGAUGAUUGAUUCGAAUAGUAUUGAAUAAUAAUAAAAGAGUGAAUAGCUGAUAAGAACAAGAGUAAAAAACCAAUGGUUCACAUCUAAUUCAUUGCUAUAUCUGCUGUCUGAAGAAGUCUUAUAUUCUAAUAGAAGUUAGGCUGUUAGGUAGUUUCAAAGUGCUCCUCGGAAAACUCAGUAGGGUCCCAGAAAACUCUUGGAAAUAUUUUAUGCAAUCAGGAUUGAAUGGACGUUUCUUCGAAACAUCUAGUAGGGUGACAUCACGUGUUACAUUUUUAAUUGGAUAAUUACCUUUUUACUCGUAUAUUUAGUAUACUUGUAGAACUUUCUGGACGAUUAAGGUCAUGUUAAUUAAUAUAAAUACUCAUGACUCUCUACACCGAGGAAAACUUUCUUUUGCAUUUCGCUCCUUUGCUUGUGUGUUUAAUUUGCCGUUUAGAUUUUAUCUGGGGUUAUUAUAAGCUGCUAGAAAAUAUGAUCAGUCACUUAGUUAAUAGAAUUACCUCUUACUUGUUUGGUUUCUCGGUGGUGAGUUAUAUAAAUAGUUCAUUGGUAGUCACCCAAAAUGCAAGAAAUGAUAUUUUUGUGUAAUUGCACUCUAAUUGUUAUGGAAUAUUUCCGACUUCAGGGUGUUCAGACAGGAACUGCACACUAAUUUCUAUUAUUCAGAUUUCAAAACACAUGAUCAUGUAUAUAAAUUAUGACACACUGUCGUUAAUAAACCACGGUAUAUACUAGACUAGAACACUACAAGUGAUGAGUCAUAAAUAAUUAACAGUAAUUUAUGGACGGACAAAGAUGUAAAUAUAAGUGGUGAGUCAAAUUAAAGCUUAUUAUUGAGUGAACCUAAUUAUACCGUUACCCAUUUUUAGUAAGUGGAUGUAUAUUUCGUCAUGUAUACUGAGUUCUCAGUGUACCCUCCUGGAUUUCAGAUUUUUAAUUACCCCUCCCUAAAAAGUAAUCUUCGGUUCGAACUUCAGUUAAAUAACCAAACAGUUAUUUUAUCCCUACGUUGUAAGUUUACAACAAUGUAUAUAAGUAAUGUCGUUCAAGUUUUAUAUUAUUUCGUUUUUUCUUUUGUUUUAUACUUCUAAAGUAUCACCUUAUUUAUUUCCUAGGAAAUAGAUGAACCUGUAUAAAGGAUACAAUUGAUAUUCUCAUCUGAAAUUCUGUAGAUCUCCCAUCUGUAAAAUAAUGACGCGUUUCUAGAUUCCCGUAUAUUUAGUGAAAUUAUCAUUGGAAACUGUAAAUAUUAUGUACAUAGAUAAUCAUCGAUUUUUUAAAUUUUACAUACAUAUAUUUAAGAUGAUGUGAUCUGUUUCUGAUGAGUAACUGCAAAUAAAACUUGAACACGAACAAGGAUAAUCAUCCCUUCCUAAUAUCCAGUUAAAGUACAAUGUCUAACAUUCUUCUCAUUUAGUAGGCGCGACACACAUUAAAGCAUUAUUUCCUACCGAGAAUUCCAUUUCAAAAAUCUAAAACUACUUAUGUCUUCUAUAAAUACGCUGCUGCAACACAUCCCAACUUACCAGAUGAGGAAAGCAAACAAAGUGAUAGAGCUUCAAGUGGAAUCCUCAUUAAAGAUAAUGGCAUGAAGUGCAGCUUUCACUCACCAAGUAAAUGGAAAAGGGUUAGAUAUUGGACACAGACUGAACGUUGAAAGGGAGACUACAAAUUUGUGCAUGUUUGUCUUAUUCAUCGAACGCCCGAACUUGUUUUUGAGUCGUUACAUUUGCAUUUGAACAUGUAGCCAAGUAAAUAGUUUUAUAUGCAUUCCAUACUUACUGCUUUUAUUGCUACUAGUUUUUCACUAAACUUAAGUAAAUUUAAAACCUCUAUGGAAUAUUCGAAAACGAAGACUUCUUCACAGGACUUUAACAACCUCAUUACUAGAGUACAUUUAUAAGUCGAGGGUGCUACGAUUGAGCUAUAUGUCAGAUGGUGUGGUAGGGGACAUUUUUAUAUUGGUUGAAUAAGUUCAAGAUGCAGUAUCUGUAAACACUUAGGGUUGCUUUAUAAAAGCCUAUAUUCUUACAGUAAGUUGUGGACAGUCGGCCAGUAGGGGCGUGGCAGAUCCUUGUCUACAUGACCGUAGCCUUCAAGAAGAAAGAUCUAUGCACCUGGAAGAGUUACAUUCAGUUUCUCUGUCCAUUUUCGUUUAUAGUCCGGUCACCCCAUAUGGCGUUUUGUUAUGGACUUUCACUGUCAACCCCUUUAUAUAUCUCUACCUUGUUCUAUUCUGAGUCGCAUACUCAUCUUUCUUCAUUCACAUGUUCUUAUAAUCAUAAUAAUUCCCUUUAUAACAUUCUUGUAACAUGUUGUAUUCAUGUGACUUCGUUAUUAUGUUGAUCACCACAACAUAACACUUCUCGUAUGGUUUACUGUCCAUAUAAUUCACUUUUUCCCAGCUUGAUUAUAAUUUCCUACCCCUUAUGCAACUUUUCUAGCCUACGAUUGGCUUGUUUUAAUGUGUUCAUCCUGUUAAAGGUUUUCAUCCUACAAUACUUAAUUCAACCACAAGCAAAUACAUUUAUCAUAAACUUAUAUCUGUUGAGCCUGAUGAUCAACUUAUUGUAAAUGAUCGUUCCCUAAAUACUCGGUUUUACUGCCGGACUCUAUUUAUGCUGUUACGUUAAUUGUGAUUGUUUUAUGUGCCUAGGUUGAACUGAUCAGUAAAUAUAUGCUUAUCUGGUGGUAGAUGGUCCACGAUUCAGUCUAGUUCUAUUAAUUUCGGAAAUAAGAGUAUAAAGAGUUUUAAUUUCGUAAGUGUCGUUGUGAGCGACUGAUGUUCUACAGAGUAAUCUUUACUGUGUCGUGCGAGCUCGAGGGAUUUUAUUUUUUAGCAAGCAGUGUUUACAUAUGGUCAAUUUAGGACCCUGGAUUCAGAAGUUUGUGCAUAGAGUGUUUUAGUAGUUUGGUAGGUCAUUCUGAUUUUCCUUUAACAACGAUACAACGUUGUUACUAAUGUUAAUAAGGUUCACCUAUCUAUUUAAUUACCAACUCAAUCAUUCGAUAAAAUCCACUGCUUGGGGCUUCUCUAAUUGAUUAUCCUAGAGAAGAUACUCUGUUAGUUCUUUGAAACAGGGCAUAUAUACAUACAUGUGACAUGUCCGUCCUAAGUUACACAGACCUUUUCACUAGGUGAUGUUGAAGUCCUCUUCUUUUAGCUGUUUUUGAGGAUUAGAAAUGUUAUUAGUAGGUUCUCAAUCUGAUAACUAUUCGCAAACCCCAAGUUAACAAACAUCAGGAGCCGACUAUGUACAUAGUUUGCUUCCACUCUGAAUGAAUAAAACCAACUAGUAGGGUAGAACAGUCAUUCGCCAGUGGAAGCAAUCGGGAUAUUGAAACAAAAGUGAUGCACUGGUGUCAUAAAUAUUAUCAGUGAACCUCGCCAUAAACAACCUCGUGCACUUAUUUCAAACCUCAUAUUAUGAUGAGGACUUUUUCUGUGGUGCAAUCCGUCUAGCAAUGGGGUAGUUAUCGCUAAUUCAAAUACUGCCGGAAGAAGUCAGUUUGAAUAUUUUCAAAAUAAAUGUAUUGAAGCAAUAUGUAGGCCAGUUUUAUUGUUCGAUGUCUGUAUUUUAUGAGUUGCAGCAAUAUGCUUCAAGCAGCUGUGAAGAAUUGAAGUUAAUCAUGAGAAUGUCAUCCACAUUCACUUGGUGGAUACAUCUAGUUUGACAUAUAUGACCGAAGCAAAUUAGUACUAUGGACAACUUAUAAGGAAUUUUCAAUGAAAGGCUUCUUGCGAACAGAACUACACAGAAAACAAAGACUCGCAGAUCGGUCUUUGUUAUAUCAGAUCAUUUUAAAUUCUGGUGACAGUAACCAUUCGAAAGAUAUAAAUACAUAUCCAGACUUGCAUCGGAAUCGGCAUCAGGUAAUAGAUGUCUCGUUAUGUCAUCAGUAGAACAUACAUGCUGUCGUAAGUUCAUAAUUUGCAGUUUCCAU